AUGACCGAGGUGAGGCUAGAGGUGGAGGUGGAGACGGAGAUGGAGGGGCUGUGGAGGUGCGUCGGAUUUGGUGGUGAUAUAAAUAAUGGAGGUGGUGGUUAUGGAGGGGGAGGUGGUGAUGACGGAGGUGGAGGCAGUGGCGGAUGUAGAGGUGGGGUUGGUCAAGAUGGAGGUGGAGAUGCGACGGUGGUGGAGAUGGUGGAGGUGAAGGUGGAGAUGGAGGUGGUGGACAUGGAGGGAGCCUUUAGCUAUGUCCGCUGGGCAGACGAUGCUGGAGGCGAGGAAGACCGAGGUGGAGGUGAGGACGAAGGUGUAGGUGGAGGUGGGGGUGGAAUGGAAGGGGCGGUGGAGGGCGGUUGA